UCCCGUGGGACACCCAUCGCAGCCGGGCGCAGCGUCCUUCCCCGCUCCUGUGGUGACCUCUCUGCGGAUGACACAGAGUUGGAGAGAACUGGAAGAGCUCCAUUCUGCCGCAGCAGAUUCCUAAAGGGGCGCAGCGAAAACGUACAGGGAAACCAGUGGUGCCAGGCGUCGGGAAGCCCUGUGCGGGCGGGGAGCAGGCAGGUAGCAAAGAGCGCUCCGAGUAGCGCUUCCCAUGCGCGGUUGAGCUCAGCUCUGAGGAAGGUGGCACAACUUGAAAGCAAGAUCAUGAAUCGAAAAAAGCAGAUGGAAUCGCAUAACGCUGACUUGGGCCAGAAGCCUUUGGAUGAAGAGUCCUUCUCGUCUGCUUCCAGUCACGAACACAGUGCGAGGGGCAAGAAAUACCUGAAGAAUUAUGCUGCUGCCAGUGGAAGUAUGACCCUGGGUAAUGCUUGUUCUGAGGAGGGGAAAAGCAUCCCAAGCCCUAAAAACAACGUUAUGGUUAAGCAGCAGCUUAGUUUGGAUAGUGAUGAAGAGGAGAUGAGAGAACUGUUGGAGAGCUCUUUGGAGUUUGACAGUGGAAAUGAGAAUCAGAGAGUUGUUGCAAGUGAUUCUAAAUGGGGUGGAAAGAGUGAGACUCCAGUUUCGUCAGGAAUGCCUCCUCCAUCUCAGAAGGAAAUUUCACCGACAGAGGUAUCUAAAACAUCUUCUUUUCGUAGCAAAGACUCGGAGAAAAAUGUUUUUGGUACAGUUAACUCACCAACACCUUCACCAGCCAGCAGAAACCUGUCAGUAAGACAUAAUGUGCAAGCUCAAUCACUGUCGUUUUCCAUGAAGGACAGUACUGUAAAGAUGACUCUGCCUAGAACGGGCAACACCAAGCAAAGCCAAAUAUCACUUGGAAGUGACAGAAGCGAAAUAAAAUCGUUAGACGAAUUAUUUUCGGAAGCAGCUGAUGCAGAAGAUUCGAUUAGCAGCAGCUCAAAUGACUUCAGACUGAAUAUCCUGAGCCUUGAUGAUUUGGCACCAAAUAUCCCCAGUGAGGCAGCAGAAGGAGAGCAGAACGGGACAGACAUUCAAAUUACUCAAGAAUCAAACAGAAAUCCAAAAACAGAUACGUUCCUGGUGGAAAGGGACCAAGCUUCUUUUCCAAUGACAAGUGCAGUAGCUGCUGUGAAUGACACUGCUGAAGGGGAUGUUGAAAAAACUGUGACUGAAGCCAAAAUCUCUGAGCACUUAAGUGUUGUUUCUGCAGAUUCUCCUAGACACAAACAGGAUUAUCUUGAUCAUGAGGAGACAACUGUUAAUUCAGAAUAUUCCGAAGACUUCGAAAGGUCUCUGUCUACAACAGACAGAGAAUCUGUAUCAGAAGUGUCAGAGGAACAUUCCGAGAGCUGCACAUAUUCUGGAAAAUGCCCAUCUUCAGCAUCCUCACCUUUAUUUAGCAGAGAGCGGCGUGACCAGGGACACGGCGUAACGGUCAGAGAGACUGCAGUUCAGACAGUGGAUUCUCCAUUCACCUAUUGCUGGUCAAAGACAGACGCCACCGCAGUACUCGGCCCAUCUGUAGGAAACAGCUACAUUGAUCCGGUGCCCGUUGCCAGUCACGUCAUCAGCAUGGACGCAGUAGAAGCCUUGACAGCAUACAGCCCAUCAGUUCUUGUUCUGAACGCCAUGUUGAAACAGCACUUGCUGUUGACUCAGCAGUUUGUAGAGAACAUUCACCACCUUCACUCAUCCCUUGUGGAGUCAUUAGAGAAUGAGAAGUUCCACUACCAUACCCUGGAAGAAGCGAAAGAGUACAUCAAGAAUCACAAAUCCCCACCUCUAACAAUUGAGCAAGCAUGUGAAGAAAUUCAGAAAGCACAGGAGGAAAAACUGCUCUGA